AUGUCGGCUAUACUUCCCGUCGAAAUUUACCUCAGCAUAGCUGCGUAUCUCGGCUGUCAAGAGCAGUACGCUCUUCUACGUGCCAUCCCAUCCCUUGCAAGCCAAUUCUCAUACCGCCGGCAUCUCCUAGCGAAUACUGACGAGAAUGGCAACAACUUGGUGCAUAUUCUUGCAUUAAAUGGCGAGGGUACCUUGCUAAAAUCGCUUUUCCCGGAUGAAGACUUGGAAAAAAGUCUCAUCUUUAACAACACUAUCCCUCGGUUAAGGCAGAUGCUUCUCACCCGCUCUGUAAACAACGAUGGAGCCACACCCCUUCACCUGGCGGCAGAAAAUGGGCAUCUCGGCGUUGUUGAGUGGAUAUCGAAGAGGCCGGACUCGGAUCUGAACCGCCAGGACAAAUCCGGAUACACGUGUGUGGAACGGGCAGCGAGGGCAGGACAUGCAGAGACUGUCAGUCUGCUCCUGGAUAAUCCGAAUCUGACGGUUGACUGGAAUUCCCUUCAACGGGCAAACCCCCUUUGUCUGGCAGCAGAGCAUGGCCACGAAGCCACUCUGAGGAUCAUACUCGAGCGCCAUGAACGCAGGAUCAGUGUCAAUUCCAAGGCCGCCUAUGGCAUCACAGCUCUCACCCUUGCAGUACUUCGUGGCCACGACACGAUCACCGAGUUGUUGAUUCAACAGAAGGGGGUAAACGUCAAUGCGGAGGAUCAUCUGGGCAACAGCACGUUGCACAUGGCAGUCAGAAGCAGGAACCACGCUGCCGUCAAGUCUCUCCUAGCGCAUCCCGACGCCAAUCCCAAUGUCAGAGACUGGUAUGGACACACUCCCCUUCAGGAGGCCGUAUGCAUGGGGGAUAAGGCCACGGUCGAGCUUCUUCUUGCGCACCUCGAAACAGACGUCAAUCUCGGCAACUGCAAGAAAACGACUCCGCUCAUUAAAGCAGUACAAGAGAGCCAUGAGUGGGCGGCGGAACUCUUGCUUAGACGGCAUGAUAUUGAGCCCGACAAGAAGGACUACUGGGGUAUGACUGCUCUCUCAUGGGCCGCAUUCUUGGGCCGCAAAAAGAUUGCAGAGAUGUUACUUGAUCGAGAAGAUGUUGAUCCCAAUGCAACAGAAGAGGACGGCUUGACACCUCUAUCCCUCUCCAUGCAAAUGGGAUGGCCAGAAAUGGCCGAGCUACUUCUCGAGAACCCCGAGGUUGAUAUCAAUUUGGAGGACAACUUCGGCUGGACAGCUCUCGCCCACGCCAAAAAUGCCCCCAAUAGCAAGUCCGUUCCCUUGAUGAGACUCCUGCUCCAGCACGGAGCAACCAUGACACUCUAUGCGGAAAUGGUUGUCAUGUACAACUCAUUGGCCGAUUCUGACGUCGCCAUAGACAUGGUGGAAUCCAUCAUUGUGGAUCACGACAUCGAGGCGUAUAUGAUGGAUCGCUUUGGACGCGAGAAGACGGAACUGGCCAUGAGUGACGGCGAACGGGGUGUGCGAGAACUUCUCUUCCGAGAUACCAGGGCAGCAAGGAUGAGGCGGGAAGGGGUAGAGGGGAUGCUUUGCUUGGAAGGUUAG